UUUUUUUUCAGUCGCCGUUCGAGAAGUGUUGAAUUUCCUGCCUUAUUUUUUACAAAAUAUAAAAACUAGUUGCUUUUCGUAGCACAUUUAAAAUGGUUGUCUGCGCAUUGCAGAGCUUUGCGACUGGACAACAAUUGGAUGCCUGCGGUGAUAUGAAUUCGACACAACAAAGUGCGCAAAUUAAAGACGCUGAAAUUGUCGAUAAUGGAAAUGGCGCCGAGGAAGAAGACCGCGAGGAGGGCGAAAUUGUCGAUGAUUUCGAAAUGAUAAUAUCCUCUGAAGAUGAAGAAUUCAAAUUACGUGCUCGCAUCCAGCAGCUGGAAGACAAAAGCAAGGAUAUCGAGAAAAUGGAAAUGCUCUCGGCCAACUUGGCCAAUCAAUACAAUUACCAAAGGCCACAUAGAAUUGACAGAUAUACGCCUUAUCAGCACUUCUCGCCUAUUAGUGUGCUAUCGGAUGUCUCCAGCCUGUCAGAGGAAGAGUUUGAGCCACCCAAAAAGUAUCGUCGACAUAAAUCGAAGCGGACCGAGUCGAAAAAACAUGGCCAGGUGCUUAGAAGGAAUCCAUUCGCGCGUCGGGAGCAUCAGCUUAAGAAGAAGCGCCGUCACAGUCAUUAUUGUCAGCAACAACAAGCUGCCAUACUGUUGGAUUCGCUCGAAGAUGACGAUGAGAUAGGCGAGUAUGAUGGUAAUGCGGAAAACGAGAACGAUGAUUUCGACGAUCUGGCGCAAUUGAAGCUGAGUCGCGACAAGCUGCGAGUUGCGUUGGCUCGCACUGGCAGCUAUGAUCUCAAGCCCAAGCAUAGUCUCAAGGAGCGCUUGCAGUAUCGCUUGCGAAAAUCUCCCAGUCCAAACUCCAAUUCAAAGGAGCAGCAGUUGAAGCGCACAGAGGAGUUAUCGCCACGAUCCCUUGAUGGCUACACACAGCAGCCCAACAAGGUGGUGCAGGUCGAUCAACAAGAACAACAGUCACAGGACCUACAGGAUGAUGAUACGCCAGAACUCAAGUUGCGUCUUAUUGCGCUCAAGUCUGCGAUGCUAAAAAAGCACUUGGCACGCAAGAAGCGCGAUGCAGAGCGUGCCUACUCGCCCACAGACAUGAUUAAUCGCGUGCAUCAGCCAAACAUCAGUCAUGAGUGCGAUGAUAUCGAUGAUCUGAUGGAGAUAAGUCCAGCUGCGUCACCAGAGCGCACAACGUAUAGUCCACCGCCCAGCAACUUUGUGGAGCCAGUGGACAUGGAUCUGGCGCAGACGGACAGCGAUGAUGAGCGGCAGCAAUGGGCAGACAACUGGCAAACGACGGUCAAUAGAGAGGAGAGCUGGAAUUGCUUUGUACCAAAUUCGUUGCCCCCUGUUUCCAUGCCCAUUGUAGUAGACGAUGAUGACGAAGAGGAGCAGCUGGCUCAACAGAAGCGAGGACAGUUCAAUUAUGAUGACGAUGAAGUGCCUCCGCCACCACCUUCCUAUCACAUUCCACACAUGCAUCUGGAGGAUGACGAUGCGCGCGAUGCGCUUCAUUUAAGUGAACAGCAGUCGCGUCGUGGUUCGCUCUCUGACAUUCAAUCGAUCUCAAUGGACAACUCGCAGACCCAAACGCAAUCGCAGCUCACUAGCGAUGAUGAGGCGGGCGCCUUGCGUGCGUUGUUGCUAUCCAAGCUGAAACCAACAGCCAAGCAGGUGGAGCGAGUUGUGGCUGAAGAGAAAAGCGAAACGCACGACUCGGAUGAUCCCGACCAGUUGCGUCUGCUGUUGCUCUCUAGCAUUGCGUCGAAGAAGAAGACUCUCGGCGAAGAGACGCCCGAAGAGAGUCCAGAAAUACUCAAAAAGGCUGUACGCCGUUUCCAGGUGACUUCCGAUGACCAUGACAUACCCAUAAAACAAGCUGAAGCGAUGCUACAGCCAAGUGCAGUGCCAUUUGCAGUUGUUGAAGAGUUGCAGACGGCGCCCUUGCCUGUGCCAGCUCCUGAACUGGAUCCUUAUCCAUCACCGCCACAACCCGCAGUUGAAGCUGCUGAAGUGCCAUCCGUUCCUGCACCUACAACAACUUUACACUCAUCUCCCACCGACAUUAUUAAGAUUGUGAAACCCAACAAGGUGAUCAACAAAAAGACUGCGCCUAAGCGCAAGAUUUCCAAGCUCACUCAAGCUGCUCCGCCAUUGAAGCGACCUACAACACUGCUGGUCAAGGAGCCAGUGGCUCCACUGCACAUUCACAACGCGGCAAGCACAACACGACUGAUAACCACAGUCGAUCCAAAUAGCAUCAAGGUGAACAAACUAGUUAUUACAUUGGCAGAGUCAUCAGCGGGCAGUGACGACGAGCUAGAACUGCGCAGCUGUUAUACUAGCUACGCUGAAUAUCAGAGUCCGCUCAGCCAGGCAAUGGAUAGUGCCAGCAAUUCCACGACACGUUCAAACACACCCAACUCUGAGAUUCUAGACUCGACGGCGCCGAGUAACAAUAAUUUACGACGCACUGUUAUCAACGAGUACUUUGAGAAGAAGCUGGACGAUUUCCUCAAGCAGGCGCGCUCCAAGGUGCCCACACCUUCGCCUUUGGCCAGCGAAAAGCCUCCACAAGAAGCGACAAAGACAAUCGAGGCGGCAGCGGAAACCAUAGCGAAACCUGCGCCGCUGCAGCCAAGCAACAAAGUUAAGCCAACGCCGGUGGCUGUGCGUCACUUGCCGGUGGCAUCACAAAAGGAGUACCUGCUUCUUAUCGAGCGUAUGCGCCUGCUGGAAAAGAAGAAACUGAUUGAAACUGCGAAAGGAACUGCCAACACAGUAAACACUGCCAGAAAAAUAGCAAAUGCAGCCACAACCAAUGGAACCUCAGCUAAAGCGGUAAAGAAGACACAACCAGCUUUAAAGAAGACUGGCACCGGAAAAGCCGAGGCGGAAGGCAGCCGUAGUCCAACGGAAGCAACAACAGUUAAAGCAAACAAGACCAAAGAGCUGAGCGGCACGUCGAAGUUGCUGCAGCCAUCGAAGGAGAGCAGACUAAAAGCAUUCGAGAAUUCAUUUCUUAAAAUCGGCGGCAGCAUGGUCACGAAUCUAGAGAAAUCGCUGCAUAUGGUGGAGGAGGCGAGAAUGUCAAAGAUUGCGCGUCUGCGUUACGAGCGCCGGCUGGAGGAGCUGUAUGCCGAGUUACAGGUUGUGAAACAAUCGGUCAAGUUGGAGGAGGCGAAGCUGUCGCGGAUACAGCCUGAGAUACAAGCGAGUCAUGAGAUCAUCAUAUCGCUGAAACAGAAACGCAACAAGCUGCGCAAUGCUGCCAUGGAUCUAGGCACUGAUCUGCAGGGCUCUGACUACAGGUUACUGGAUCCCGGCAAGAGCGAGAUUAUGCACAAGUCGACCCUGCUUACCAAAGAGAUACGUCUGUACAACUCGAUUGCAACGUAUGAGGAUACACUGGAUCUACCAACUAACGCUACAAGCGAAAACACAGUUCAAGGAGAUGUGACAGCGGAAACUGAAGUUGAAGCUGAUCCAGCGCAUGCAACUGACACGACGCCGUCCAGCAAUGAAAGUCCUGCAACCUCUCCAGCUGAGCCAGAUAGCAGCAGUGUUGAGCCAGAGCCUGAGCAAGAGCAAGAGCAGCCAGUUGCAAGUGAUGCCAUUGAAACAGAUGCUGGAGUAGAUGAGGCGACGAUACGGCUGGACGUUGAUACAACGCCAGAAGCUGCAGCCCCAAAUGCUAAUGUACCUGCAAGUCCUGCCGCGGUUCAAAUGCAGGAUGUGCCGCCCUACACCGUCAGCUUCAUGCGGGAGCUGAGCGAGGCGCCAGUUAGCGAUUCCCUGCUUGGAGAGUAUCGCACGCCCAUGUCGCGCAAUUACAAUAGCCAACUGAACAUUAAUGCCACCAUCUGCCCCUUUGAUCUGAUGGGUCGCUGCGAGGAUGUCGAUUGUUCCUAUCUGCAUUUGGAGCGUACUUCGCACGCUGCAACUGCAGUUGACAGCAAAACUCAUUAACAAAAAAAAAAAAAAAAAAAAAAGAUAACAACAAA